AUGGGUCGUUGGAUAAAACCGGAGGUGUAUCCGUUGAUGGCUGCCAUGGCCUUCGUGUCAGGUCUCUGUGCUUUCCAGCUCACUCACAAUGUUCUCAUGAAUCCUGAUGUCAGGAUCAACAAAGCUCAUCGAACGAUGGCAGUGCUGGAGAAUGCUGAAAAAGGGGAGAAGUACAGCCAGCACAGCUUUCGCAAAUUUCUCAGUCACCACCGUCCCGAAGUCAUGCCUGCACUCAACCGGCUCUUUUCGGACACUAACAACAACUGA